CUAGCUGGUGUAUGUCACUCAAAUGCAAAGUUCUAUGAAAGUUUGAAUGAAAGCAUAACCAGCUUUUUUGCGUAGAGAAUACUUUUAAUUGAUACAGGGCUGGUUUCAGGUGACUGAUGAAAGCUCCCAACCACACAGAAAUCAGCAGCAUCACAUUCAAUUCCUAUCUUGCCACCAGUGGUGUAGCAAAACCUUUAACAUUAAAGCUCUACUGAAGCAUUCAUGAGCUGUUGGCCUCAGGGCAUAGUUCUUACUAGUCCUAUAUUCCUUUAAGAGAUAUCCUGAAGGUAACACGAUGUUUUACUGCUACCUGAUAAAUAAUCAUUUUCUUUACUCAAAAUGUUGCAGCUGUAGAUUGCACCUGAAAUCAAACAACUCUGCAAAACAGAGAGUUAAAAAGCAUUAUCUCUCCCAUUCCCUGUUCAGUAAAAAGUUGUGCCACAGCAUUGCAGAAAGGAUAAAGCAGCACUUCUGCUUUUGGGUGAGUCUGAGCAGUCCACUGUCUUGUUAAGGCUGUUGUACUCCGUUGCCCUUUCUGUAAUCCUGGCAACAACCUUAAAUAUGGUGAUAUUUGAUAAGUCUAAAAUAUAGCUUGUCCAUAAAAUGCUCUGAGUGCUGUUUGGGACACUCUGUGCAAGGAAAGAACAAAUCUUUUCCCUCUUCAUAGGACGGAUGCAACGAUGGAUGUGCAUUUCUUGGUGGCAGUACUGAGCAUCACCUGCCAUAGGCAGCACGAGAAAGGAUGCUGGCAGUACUACAGGUGUCCUCUCUUCACCUGUCUGGAGAGUUCAGGAGUCCUUCUCACCCAGCGCUGCAGGAGAGGAUUUUCAGGAGGCAAUAAAUAAAUUUUGAUCUGGUUAAUACAGUUAAGGUCAAAGAGAUUCUAUCUGGAGCUAUUUAAAAUACUCUUAGCAUGCAGACACGCUGCUGUCAGUAGUGCUAAGUGCCCUACCUUGCUGAGGAGUGUACACAACCCUUAUGAAACUAUUCUUAAGUAUUCUGGUUACUAUAUUUAGCACUGGCUCAUAACAAGACAAAAAGCACUUAGCCAAAUGUAGUUCUGAAGUGCUUAAUCCGGCUAAGAAUAUUUUGUCCUUAGGUGUCUCCUGCUGAGACUUUUUAUAGCUCACCAUCCUGCUGCAUCAUGCAAAAAGCUUCUCCAUGCAUUUGAGCCUGUGACUUCUUUUAUGACCAUUUAUUUUGUCUGAGCCUGGGCUGGCACUGACCGGGGACAUCGUUCACCCAGGAGAGAUGCAGGGCAGGCUCAUCGCCCCUCACCUUCGUUGGCUGCGCUCAGGGGGAAGCAGAAGCUCUGCUGGAGACCGGGGAACUGGAGCCCUGCUCCUCAUUUAGGCUUGGUGUCACUGGCUGGAUCCCGUCUGGUUCCUGACAGCUUUCUGUUGUCAGACAGGCAAUGGGCAAGACAGUGGAGAGGUUUCUGGGCAGAGCUUUGUGCUCGAAACCCAGAACGAAUCCUUUUGUUUGACUCAGUUUUUUCAGUGAGGGUGGUGAGACAUUGGAACAGGUUGCACAGAAGGGAGACUGUGGAUGCCCCCUCCCUGGAAGCAUUUGAGGCCAGGCUGGAUGGUGCUGUGAGCAUCCUGGUCUAGAGGGAGGUGUCCCUGUCUAUAGCAGGGGGUAGAACUAGAUGAUCUUAAAUGUCCCUUCCAACCCAAACCAUUCUAUGAUUCUGUGCUUAGGCCUGUGUAUGAAAAAUGUUUUCUGAAAAAUUGUAAUAAACCUGUUAGUGAAGAUCCAGGUAUUUUUUAAAAUACAACUCAUUGUUUUAAAAAUAAUAUUCUUUUUAGCUGUAUAUAUUAGAACUUAGUAAGAGGUAGACAAACUUCAAUGUGGGUCAUCCUUCUGGAGGAGAAACAAUGAUAUAAUCUUGAAAAAAUAGCACUGACCAUGAGAAGCAGCCAAGAUAGGAAUUUCAAUUGUAAUGUGGGUCAAUAGGAUAGCAAAUAAGAUGACAUGUUCCUUUUGAACUGGGACAGGGGCUUUUGAACUAGGAUAUGACCAGCACAGUGCUGCCAUGAGACAAGGCAGAGUAGGGCUGCUGGUACCUGAGCUCAUUAUGUAGGUGUUGUCCUCAGCUGCAGCCUCACCGAGGAUACCAGCCGUUGUGUAAGGCUUUCCCUGGAAGUUUGUGUUCUGAACUGGAAGUGACGACUUGGUGUCAGCUGCACAGUUUCCUGGAUCUCUUAUGGCUGAAACACUUGAAAUGUUUAUGCAUUACUCUCAUACUAAUGCUAUGUCAGGAGCUUCAUUUCCCCUUCUAGGUAACAUCUGCGCUGUGCUGGAUAAGCCCCUGUCACAGUUUUCUUGAGCCAAGCAGACAGACUGGCAUCAUUCCGCUAAGCUGCCGUGAGCAGGAGUUUGGCCCGUUGUCCCAAGCUCCCUGCAAAGCCCUGUCCUCAUACCACUAGCCGGGCUCCUGGUGGUUAGCAGAUUAAUUUUUCUCUGUCUCUAUUUACAUGGUGAUAAGAAGAGCUAAUCCCACUCCGUCAGUCUGGACUGAUGAAUCUGAGGAGUAGAGCAGAGCCCUGCGUUGUGUAAACGAACUGAUGGAUGAAGAUGAGAAGGACAGGGCAAAGAGGGCAUCACGCAACAAAUCUGAAAAGAAGAGGAGAGACCAGUUCAAUGUCCUCAUUAAAGAGCUCUGCACAAUGCUGCAGGGGCACGGCCACCCUCUCAAGAUGGACAAAUCCACCAUACUGCAGAGGACCAUCGACUUCUUACAGAAACAGAAAGAAAUCACAGCACAGACAGAAGCCUGUGAGAUUAGACAAGACUGGAAGCCUUCAUUUCUUAGCAACGAGGAGUUCACCCAGUUGAUGUUAGAGGCAUUAGAUGGCUUCCUCAUCGCUCUGACCACCGAUGGGAUUAUUAUUUAUGUCUCUGAUAGCGUCUCAUCUCUGCUCGGGCACUUACCGUCAGAUUUGGUGGACCAAAAUAUAUUAAACUUUCUGCCUGAGCGGGAGCAGAGCGAGGUGUACAAGCUCCUUUCUCCACAUGUGCUCAUGACAGAGCCUGUUGCAGCUGAUUUUCUAAACGUGGAAAAGCAAAUAGAGUUUUGCUGCCAUUUAGCGAGAGGCAGCUUAGAUCCAAAUGAGCCUCUGACAUAUGAAUAUGUGAAAUUUGUAGUGGAUUUUAAGUAUUUUACUCAUGUGCCUACACCCUCCUGUAAUGGCUUUGAGUCAGCUAUUGCACGAGCUUUCAGGUCAGCCACAGAGGAGCAGAUUUGCCUCGUAGCAACAGUUCGUCUCGUCACACCGCAGUUCUUAAAGGAGCUCUGCAAUGUUGAAGAGCCAUGUGAAGAAUUUACAUCGAGGCAUAGUUUGGAGUGGAAGUUUUUAUUCUUGGACCACAGGGCUCCUCCUAUUAUAGGAUACUUACCCUUUGAGGUGCUGGGAACGUCAGGGUAUGACUACUACCACGCAGAUGACCUGGAGCUUCUCGCUAGGUGCCAUGAACACUUGAUGCAAUUUGGAAAAGGCAAGUCGUGUUACUACCGGUUCCUGACCAAGGGCCAGCAGUGGAUCUGGCUGCAGACACACUACUACAUCACCUACCACCAAUGGAAUUCCAAGCCCGAGUUCAUCGUGUGCACUCACCUGGUAGUUAGUUAUGCAGAAGUCCGAGCUGAAAAAAGGCGAGACCUUGGCCUCGAAGAGUCAUCAAUUGAACUGGCAUCCUCUUCUAUAAAGAGCCACGGCAGCUACCUAGAGGUGGGCCGCUGUGGCAGCAGCCAAGAUGCCAGCCGGGAGGGAAUGUCGCUGUCGUCCCACAGCUCCCGCCGCUCCUCUCACACCGCGCUCUCCGACUCUGCCUCCACCUCGUCCAUGCGACACACCGACACCAGCACUUCCACCCGGCCGGCGGUGCCAGAGAAGGCAGCCCUGCGGCUGGCGGCGGCUGGAAGCGCUCAGGCUAUAGCAACGCCUCCAGCCACGGGUGAACACCUCCCUCAGCAGCCGGCGGUCCCCUCCCAGCAGGCUGUGAUGCCCGUGUACCACUUCCCAGCCCCACUGGGCAUGAUGCACCAGCUGAAGGAGCAGCUGGAGGAGAGGACACGCAUUCUGCAAGCGGACAUCAAAACGCAGCAGGAGGAGCUGCACGUCAUCAAGGAGCAGCUCCAGCUGGUGCAGGACUCCAACUUGCAGAUGCUGAUGCAGCAGCCGAUCCCACUGGUCUUCAACAGCGCGCAGCGUCAGAGCCCACGGAGAGCCCCGCCUCCAUCCCGGCAGCCCAGCACCAAGAAGGCCCCGCAGCCGGGCCCCAUGGCCAAGCGCUACGGGGGUCCCCCUGCAUCCACCCCGCGCCUGUUCCUCAGGGAGCCCUGCAGCACUCCCUCCCAGAUACCACAGCAGCAGCAGCACCUAAUGCGAGGAAACCAAGCCCAGCCAACAUGUCUGCCAGGGCAGACGAGCAUUUCAGUGCCCCUCUACAACAACCCCACGGUGUUUUCGCAAGCACAUCCCAUCACAGUGGCUGCACAGCUGCCAACUGAUGUUAGUGAAAGGCAGAUGCAGUCUGACUACAGCCAGGACAGGAGCCUCAGGAUGCUGCUGGAUCAGUCCAUCCAGGCCAUGGUGCCCGCCACCAAUGGCAGCACCCAGCCCACACCAAGCAGCGCCAGCAGGCAGCCAGGGAAAUUCGUGGCAGAGCAGCAGCCCUUGCCUCCCACCACGCAGAUGCAGCCCAUCAGUGGCAGCACGGUGCGGCCCCCCGCCCCCUCGCCUGUGUUCUCCCCAUCCGUGAUGCUCCCCCAUGGCAGCUUCGUGGCCCACCCCGGCAGCACCCCGCUGCACCUCCACCCCUGGCCACAGCAGCAGGUUCAGCAGCACCGUCUCUACCUUCAGAUGCAAGGAGCUGAGGCGGUGCCGGGAGGCCCCGGCCCACGUGUGUUCCAGCCAGCCCACCUCCCGCAGCAGAGCCCCCUGAGCUACUUCCUGCACCCGCAGCCGCAGGGCCGCCACGCACAGGGCCAGCCCUGCAACCUGCCUGACCUGCCCGAGAUGCAGCUGCCCUGACCCACUGCCGCUCAGACCGGCGAGACCCCGCCUCACAGGGCGGGAUCGCCGCGGGGCCCCGCUGGGGUCUCCCGUCGGCAUCACCGCUCAAAAGAGCCCGUGCGCUGCGAGUCUCGGCCAGGCCUGCCCAGAGGGAGCGCGCCGUAGAGCUGAGGAAGAGGAGGAUGCUCACCUGGGGCUCCCGCCCACCGGAGCUGCAGACUCGGUGAGAAGGCUGUGCUUGGGGCAGGGGCCGGGAUGCUGCUGCCGGUCGCCGAGCCGUGCCUGCCCGUGCCAGUGCUGGCUGCGGAUCUUUGACCUGAGGGGGACAGCCGCCCGGCUGCGGGCAGGUGGCGGAGGUCCCCGUGGGGAUGGCGGCGCUGCAGACGAGCCGUGUCCGAUCAGGGCCGCGGUGCUGGAAGUCACUGUGAUGCCGAUCCCAGCGCCCGCAGCGCUGCAGGGCUGCCGUGUACAUAGCUCGCCUCGCUCUCGUAGGUCCGUUGUGGAGUUUUUCCUUAUUUCUAUACCUCAACCCCACCGUUUUGUUUUCUGGGAGAUUGGAUAAUGCUGCUAACUUACGUAACACCACUUUUGCCUGAAUUUCUUACUGUUGUUAAACCAGCUCACAUCACAACCAGUAAGAUAUUCCUCAUCUUUUAUUUUGGUUAACAAACGCAGAGAAAUUUGUAUGGUUUUUACUCCCUGUAGCCAAAUAUUUUUCAGGUUACCUACAAAGAACCUUUACUCUUUCUCCUCUGUCAUUCUGUUCUGAUCCAGGUGGAUGUUGUUGUAUAUGUUUCUUAACAUGAAAACAAACCAACGCAGUAGAGCACCAUAUUGACAGCAAACUUUGUGGUUUUGCUCGGUCAGAUUUCAGGCUGACAGACCCGGAACAUAUACUCACAGUGACACAGGCGAUGUUACGAGCCCAUGGGGUCAGCAAUAAAGUGUAUUUUUGUAAAUUGCCACUUUUAAGUAUAUGUUUAUAUUUAUGAAUUGAAAACUAGUCUGCUCCUCAGUGGGUGUAUAGCCGUGUCCCUACUGUUUGUGUCUUUCCAAAGGAAAAAGGAACUGCUACAUUUCUGAGGUGCUGGGGGCUGAGCACUAACUGUGGGCACUGCUGGAGCCCAGACACAGGUGAAGGUGUAGGCUGUUGCUUUCAGCUUUGCAGGCAGGUGGGGAGGAAAACGUGCACACGCAGAGGCACGCACUUACAGCAAGGAUGCACUGUUGUACCCAGUUUAUGUCUCAGUGUUGCUGCUGAGAGAAGGCUGCAGCACGGUGGCUGUCCUGCAUGUCCCCUUCCACAUGCCAGCCCUGUGUGCCUGGGCUCUUAUGAGCAUGGCUUGACACAGAAGGGGUUCGCUGCCUUGCAAGGAGAGGAGCUGGGGGCGGUGGGUGUGCAGGAUGGGGCUGUGCCCCUCCACAGCCCUGCUGAUGGCACUGGGCUGCACGGUGAUGGGGGGAGCUGUGGGGUGGCACGGCUGUCUAUUGCUUACAGCCUCGCAGCAGGGAGCAGGAGAGGUUUGCAAGGAUGUUUACAUGUGAGAUUGGCCUUGCUGAAACAAGCAACCUGAAACAUGCACUUUAUCACACCCCCUUUUAUUUCCAGCACCCACCCCAGCCGCUAGCACAGCCGCUCGUGGGCCUGGUGCCGCCUGGGCAGAGCCGCGUGUGCCGUGGGCCAAAAUCCCAGAGCCUCUGCUCAGCCUGCAUCCAACCGGGCACGGCAGGCCCAGGGCCGUGGGAUUUUUGCCUUAGUUAUCACUCGCACUCAAAGAAUUAACGACUAAAUGAAUCUUCUUAUUCAGGUGAACUCCUGUUCAUUUACCUCGGUGACAGCUACGUCCUGUGUUUUUGGGAUCCCUUUGGAAUUGAGGGUUGCUGGCGGGUUUGGUUCCCCCCUGGGUGCUGAUGAGAGAAGUUGGGCUCCAGCACCAGCGCUCAGUGACAACCUGAGGCUUUCCAGCACACAAGCACCCGUGUGCUAGCACUCUCUCCCUUCAUAUCUAGAUAUACAGGUGUGUGUUUGUAAUAUACAUAUAUAUAUGUAUGUAUGUGUGUAUCUCUAUCUACAGGCCACACAAUUCCAGACCUCUGAAAACACAGGCAGCUUUAAUUAAUAAAGUCUUGCACUUUUAGCGUAUUUGUACAUAUAAGCUAAAGCCUGGUGGGUGCAAUCAGGCUGGUUUGACAAACACAGCGAAAAAUUGACUGUAUAUAUUGUAACAUACUCUGUGUAAAAGAAGAAAAAUCUUAGAAGUGACUAUAAAUCUUGGUUUAUUUUAUAUGCUGUCAAAUAUAGAUACAUUUAUAAAUGUUAUUAUUCUUAAAAGUAUUUUGUAAUGGGAAAAAGAAAGUGUCUUAUGAAGAGUAAAGAUUUUAUUCUUGUCUUGAAUCUAUGUCGCUGCACAGCUCUGUUGGAUGGGAACCUGUGCAUUUUGAGAAGCUUUAAACAGAUUAUACAUGGUAUUUUCAAAAAAAAAAAGAAAAAAAAAAGAAAAAAAGAACAAAGAAAGAAAAGGAAGAAAG